AUGAGUGAUGGAGAGAGUCUGGGGGAAGAAAGUGAACAGGAAAGUGAGAGAGAAAGAGAGAGAGAGAGAGAGAGAGAAAUAUGCACAUUAAGGCUCAUCUGAACACACCUUGCGGAUCCUCAAACAUUUUGGGAGAAUGUUCUGUUUGAUUGAUGAGUUGAAAGUGGAACUGUUUGGAAGACAGGAGUCCCGUUACAUCUGGCUUGCUCUUCUCUCUCCUGAAAGGAAGAGAUGAGGGAACACCACCUUAAGCUCAACCUGGCAAAAUCUGAGCUUCUCGUCAUCCCAGCCUGUCCCUCAAUCAACCACAACCUCACUAUACAGCUCAGCUCAAGCACACUCAAGCCAACCAGGACGGCCAGGAACCUUGGGGUGAUUCUCGAAGACAGCUUCACCUUUACAGACCACAUCUCAACAACUGCACGGUCCUGUAGGUUCAUCCUGUACAAAAUCAAGAAAAUCAGACCCUACCUCACCGAACAGGCUACACAGAUAUUAGUCCAGGCUCUUGUUAUCUCAAAACUGGAUUACUGCAACUCACUACUCUCGGGCCUCCCGGCCAGCUCCAUCGAACCCGUUCAAAUGAUUCAGAAUGCAGCAGCACGCCUCGUCUUCAACCAGCCCAAAAGAACCCAUGUCACACCCCUCUUCAUCUCCCUCCACUGGCUUCCUGUAGACGCCCAAAUCAAAUUCAAGGCCUUGAUGCUCACCUACAAGACCUUGUCUGGAACAGCACCCUCCUACCUCAACUCUCUCCUGAAGGCUUACGUUCCCUCACGCAAUCUGCGAUCAAUCAACGACCGACGCCUAGUAGUGCCUACUCAGCGUGGCUCAAGGUCCUUUUCAAGAACAUUCAAACUAACUGUUCCUCAGUGGUGGAAUGAACUUCCAACCUCAAUCCCGACCACAGAAUCUCUCACCAUCUUCAAAAAACAGCUAAAGACCCACCUCUUCCGUGAACAUCUAACCAACCCAUAAAAAAAAAAACAAAAAAAAAACUAAAA